AUGUUCGUGUACUCCCUGUACAAAGGGCUACGCUUGGGGUAUUUUCAGGAGCUGGAUGACCAAGCCGCAGGUCUUCGGUCGGCGGGCCAAGGUUCCCAGGGUUUGGUUGAUCAGUUUGUGGUUUAUGAGCCGGAAGGCACCCUGGGAUUUAACGGCACCGUUCAAGUUCAUGGACUGGGUGGAAACUUCUCUUACGAGUUUUACAUCGAUGGAAUCAUUGCAUACAAUGAUUUGGAAGGUGCUACGACGUUUUUGUUUGCCGCGAUCGAGCAUGAACUGGCUCAGGGCAAGGAGUUGUAA